UGCAAUCAGCAGUGGGACAUGUGGUUUAAGAGACUCUGGGAUAAAUUAGACCAUCCAGCAGCCUGCAGGCUCCAGUAUAACACAGCUUUCCUGUGGCGAAGAGCGCAUGAGCAGCUGGGGCAGAUUUAGAGACUGCUUUCAAAAGCAGAUGUUAGACGCUGUGCUAAGCAGCAGUCGUCAUGCUGAAAAAUUGGGAAUGAUUUUAAGUCGACUGAAAAUAAGUUCACGCUCCAGUUUGUCAGCUGCCUGCCUUGAGUGUAACUUGAUCAGUGAAAGAGAAAACCCCAGAGGAAACUUUGCAGAAAGCUGUGCGGAGAGGAGGGAAAGACCAUCGCACCCUGAAAUGUGAUACCUACAUAGAAGGAAAAGGCUCAGCUCAGAGGUCACAAAUUCAUUGUCUUCUAAGGAAAUGUCAGCAUUGAAAGAGGACAGCUAGAAUUUCUACAAACAAAGAUCUGUCUCACAAGCCUGAAAGAAAACUUGACACUUCAUGUAAAGAAGAAGGCUGCUACUCUCUUUGCAAUUACAGAAAAAUAAAUGAUAUUGAGGACUGGACUUUAAAAACCUCUUCCUUUCUGAACAGAUCUGAACACUCCAAAUGUAGAAAUGAUUUGGCAACUAAUACCUUAUUGGACAUCCCUGGUCACACCCCUGAUUUUUGGUCUGCUUGUGCAGCCACCACUGACACAGCUUUCCAUUGUCACACAGCCCAACAUCGUCCUGUUGAUGGCUGAUGACCUCGGCAUAGGGGAUGUAGGUUGCUAUGGGAAUGACACUAUCAGGACCCCGAACAUUGAUCGCCUGGCAAAGGAAGGAGUGAAACUGACCCAACAUAUUGCUGCCGCUCCACUUUGCACCCCUAGUAGAGCAGCUUUCCUCACCGGAAGAUAUCCCCUCCGAUCAGGAAUGGAUGCUGUAAACAAUUACCGUGUUAUUUUUUGGAAUGGUGGCUCAGGAGGGCUUCCUCCAAAUGAAACCACUUUUGCCAAAAUAUUGCAGCAGCAAGGCUACAGCACAGGACUGAUAGGGAAGUGGCAUCAAGGUGUUAACUGUAUAUCCCGCAACGACCAUUGUCAUCAUCCUUUAAAACAUGGGUUUGACUAUUUUUAUGGGAUGCCUUUUACACUAAUAAGUGACUGCCAACCAACAGAACCACCAGAGAUGGACAGAGCCUUUAGAAGGAGACUCCGGCUUUACACUCAGAUGAUUGCCCUUGUUACAUUCACCGCUGCCCUGGGAAGGCUGAUGGGCUUGAUUUCAGUCCGCUGGAAAACGUUGAGCUGCCUUGCUGGGUUUAGUCUCCUGUUCUUCCUGUCCUGGUUCUCAAGUUACGGGUUUGUACGAUACUGGAACUGCAUUAUGAUGAGAAACUAUGAAGUUACUGAGCAGCCAAUGGUGACAGACAGGACUACACCUCUUAUCUUGAGAGAGUCCAUUUCAUUUAUUGAAAGAAAUAAGCACAAGCCAUUUCUCCUCUUUCUUUCCUUUUUACAUUCCCAUACUCCCCUCCUCACCACAGAGAAGUUUCUUGGGAGAAGCAGACACGGUUUAUACGGAGACAAUGUAGAGGAGAUGGACUGGAUGGUGGGCCAGGUUCUAGAUGCUAUUGACAAGGAAGGUUUGAAAACUACUACACUGGUUUACUUUGCCUCUGACCAUGGUGGAUGGCUGGAAAGACAAGAAGGAAAAAGGCAACUUGGUGGCUGGAAUGGAAUAUACAGAGGUGGAAAAGCCAUGGGAGGCUGGGAAGGAGGAAUCCGUGUCCCAGGGAUAUUUAGAUGGCCAGGAGUGUUACCUGCAGGCACAGUUAUUGAUGAACCUACAAGCCUUAUGGACAUUUAUCCUACAGUUGUUCAUCUGGCUGGAGGGGUACUACCCCAAGACAGGGUGAUUGAUGGCCGGGAUCUAAUGCCUUUACUACAAGGAACAGUUGAGCACUCAGAGCACGAGUUCCUGUUUCAUUACUGUGGUAUUCACCUACAUGCUGUGAGGUGGCAUCAGAAGGACAGUGGAGCCAUCUGGAAGGCUCAUUACAUGACCCCCAUCUUCCGUCCACUCGGGGCUGGGGCUUGUUAUGAUAGAGGAUUUUGCCCAUGUUUUGGGGAAGGUGUGACCCAUCAUGACCCUCCCCUGCUGUUUGAUCUCUCGCGAGACCCUUCUGAAGCCAAACCUCUGUCAGCUGACACCGAGCCCCUCUUUGACGUUGUGAUAAGGAAGAUUGGAAGAGCCAUAGAGGAGCAUCGCAGUACACUGACUCCAGUCCCAGAGCAGCUCUCCUUGUCCAAUGUGGUAUGGAAACCGUGGCUACAGCCAUGCUGUGGGACAUUCCCAUUCUGUUGGUGUGAUAAGGAAGGUGAUAAUGAACUUGCCAAUCUAUAAAGGAAAGAACCAAUGUUACUUCCUCAAAAGCAUUUUUAGAUCAAGAGUGUUUCCUUUGGGGUGUUGAUUGAUGGGUUGGUUGGUUGUUUUGAUGGAGCCUUUAUAUGAGAAUUGCUCCAGUGAUUGGCACAGUAUUUGAUAAAUGUGGCUUUAGGCUGGACACUCUAUGGGAGACAGCAAGGCAGAAUGAUCUGAAGAACAUGUUUGCACUUGCAUCUGUUGGCAACUGAAUGAAUAGUUCAAAUGCACUGAAGCAGGCCAAGAUUAGAGCUGCACAAGUAAUUACAUAACUUAUGUUUUUUGCUCUGUAUUUCCAAAUAAUGUGUGGAUUUAGAUCUCCCUUAGCUCUGUUAUCCUCACUGGUGAUGCAUAAGGUCUUGCUAUAAAGAAUUUUUGCAGACCACUGCCUCCAAAAUAGUUUUACCCACAGUUCCCCACAGAAUCUCCUUUAAAAGUAGCUUCCUUCCUUCCUUGUAGCUAGUCUUGCCAGCAGCAGUGACAAUGGCAGUUGGUUAGCCUGGGGCUUCUGGAUCAGGAGAAAUUUCCCAGGUGACGCAUAAAGCUCGGAAACAUGACACACUGGGUAACGCCUGUCUGCGUUUUCUGAUAAAGGUGAGACUCCUCUGAUUGGAGUCAUCCUCUUUUGAUGAAGAACACAAAAGGGAAAAGAUUUUCCCUUUCCAAAGCUCCCAUUGCACCCAGCUAUCUAAGCAGCACUAGCAAGGGCGUAGGGGCAUUGGUGGUCACAGAAGUGCCACACUGAUAAACACUUCAGUCAUUCGGGCACAGAAUUGCACAAGUUACUUUGCUGUUCACAUCGUUCACAUCUCAGCCACAACAGGUUCCUGCUAGCAUGCAGUAGGUUCAGAAAAAUACUCUUUUGAGAGAUGCCCAACACUAAAUAUAAAAACAAACAAACUUUAAUUUAUUAUUCUAAAAUGCAUAAUUAAGGUAUUUUUUGCUUCACAAAUUUUCAUCCCAGAUUUACUUAGAUCCAUCUCCUCUGCUGCUGUAAAUUCAUUAAUUUCCUUCUUUGUGUUAAAAUAGUUGUUCUUAUUAAAGUGGCCUUGCAGGUAAUGCUUUUCAUUUUAGGGUAUAACAUGUAUCCGUUCGCAUAGACAAGUUUACACCAGUAUGUCUGAAUAUAUAGGCAUCUGAGAAUAUAAUUUGCCCAUUCAAUUUAUUUCACUUUUUUUUUUACUAUUUUUUAAACUAACGUGCUAGGGCCCUUUUCAAUUGUUAAUUUCCUUUGAAAAAUGUUUGGUUUAUUUUGGUUUUAUCUUCCCUGUUGUUUCCCAUAAUUCAGUCACCAGGAAAUCUGCAGGUAAACAAAGCCCUACAGCUUAAAGCCAAAGUUUUAUUGUAUGCUGUGACUUCAUGCAUUUUACAUUCUCUUAUAAUUCACCCAGAUGCUCCAUUUUGAGAAUCUGAGUGGUCCCAUGGAUUAACCUUUUCGUCCCUGAAUAUAUGUUUGCAUCUUUGAUGCCUAUGCUUGAGCACUAUUUCAAGCUCCCAAGCUCUAUGCUGCUCAAGGUUACACUCAUUUAGUAACACUAGGUUUGCUGCUAACAACCCUGGAUUACGGUUUCUUGGAGCACAGAUUCUUUGAAGCUUUGGAAAACACAUCAACAAAAUUGCUGCCAGAAUUAAACAGUCACAUCAAAAGGAGGAGGAAAAAACCCCAUUAAUUAUACUCUAGGUGAAACACAUUGGGACUGGUAAAAGAUUGACUAGCCUCCAAGGAUAGAGAAUGCUUGUGAGAUUUUGCCCAAUGUUAUGCGUGUUGCAAUAGCCCUUUAGAUUAUGUAACUUCCAUCUUUAGUCUAUUUAUGAUAGUUUGGAUAAACAGCUCAUGAGAAGCUUUCUUCAGCCAAAUAAAAAUAGUUCAUUGAAAGCUCUUCAGGGUGCUGCACAUUCCUGCACUCACCAGCACACUCCCCUGGGAGCUUCACGUCUAUCAAGACAGAAACCUUUUUCCCCAUUGCAACAAAUGUGCCACAUCUGAGAACUAGCAGAGAGACCAUGUGUCCCCGAUCUGGCCUGUGCUACCUCUCCUUUUCUCAUUGAUUUCCCUCUGAAACUUCAUAAAAUUGGGGCCAGGCCCUCCAUCUGAUUAGGUUUCAAGGAAUCACCACUAAGUCACUAAAGCUCUUGCUCCAUUUCUAGGGAACUCCCUGAGUCCCAUGUGAUCUCUCUCUCUGCAGGACAGCCUAUGGUGAGUCAUGAAGGGAGAGAGGAUUAAUUGCUGUCUUGCUGGCACAAUCAGUCAGAGCAGGUGAGAGAUAGAUAACCCACAUGUUGAAGACAGUGGUAGUCUCUGCUGAGAUGUAAAGGCAAACAAACAUACUGAAAUGUAAACAAACAUGGAUAUUAUUUCCUGUAACAGAUUACUCCCAUUCAGAAACAUUAAAUCAUUUAGCCCUGCAGGUAACUGAACAAAUCCAUGCAGAUUCCUACUCGUUCCUUUCAGGCAGCAUUACAGGCAGGAUGACAGGUUUACAGGGCCAUUUUUGUUAGCCGUGUAUCAAAUUUUGUUCAUCCCAUAAAACAGCCACCAGUUUGACAACUAUAUUAUUUUCUGAAGUUCUUUCUUUCAAGAAAAGCUAUUCUGUCAAACUAGAAUCCUCAGAAUACUCUGAAAAACAGAUAACUAUAUACGGCUCUAUCAGAAGCUGCCUGGUACUGCAAUGGUUUCAAUGUGUACAUUCUUGGAGAAGUGAAGGAGAUGAUAAGUCUCCUCAAUCCUAUGCUGAGACUUCCCACUGACAUCAGCCGAAGAUGCCAGAGAGAGCCAGACAGCUGGGCAUCACUGCCAGUGUGUGUCUUAAAAUAGCUGAUAUAGUAAUAUCUCACUGCCAUUGAAUGAAAGACUCAUCUCAUCUAACAUUCCUGUAUAAACACACAUGCAUAAGUUGUUUUGAAAAGAUACCUUCAGGUGACAGUUAGAUAUGCAGAAUAAAAUAUAUUUAACUGUAUCAAAUGAUAUCAUUUGUAGAUUUAGCCCUUCAGGAAGAGAAAUAUCACUGGAAGGAUGUUCAAAACUUGUAGGACAUUAGACCAUACUAAAACAGGAUUUGGAAACACCCUGUCAAAUAUUAUUCAGUUUGUUCACUCUUUUUUUUUUUUUUUAAUCUGAUUGAUGUACUACUAUUUCAGUGUAAAUCAGUGCCUAAGACUGAUUUUUACUGCAUAGUCACAAUACAGUUUUCACCUAGUUAUAUUUAUACUGGUCAUAGCCUGAGGUGACUUAGAUAGUGUUCAAGAUGGACUUCAAGAGCAUCUUACAAAACCCCUAAAAUCUAAAUUUGGAUACUGAAAAAGUUUUCAAACACAACAGCAAUCAACAUUUGAGCAUGCUAAUUAAGCUGUUGAAAAUCUAAUGAUAUCUCUAGUCAUAAAAUAUUUGUCUGUUUUCUUGAAAAGGAGAUCUUUGAAGCUUAAAGAAGAAAAUAAUUAUUGCCUGUUUUGUUGUUGUUUUUUUUUUAGUAGUAUUUAAUCUUUUUUUGUUUUAGAAUAAUAGUAGUAUUUUUAAGCUGGUUUUGAACUCUCCUGAACACACAUUGGUCAAGUGCUUCAGCUUGACUUCCACAUGUAAUCACAAACAAGAUCACAUAGUUUUCAGUAUUUCAAGCUAAGUGUUCCUCUGUGGAGACCAUGAUGCAACAUUUUGAAAAUCUGCCUGGCCCCACAGAUUAGAAGUUUUGUGCCUGAAUAUAUAAGUUGGUAUCUGCAAUGUCUAUGCUUGAGUGCUGUCUCAAGCAAGAUUGACAAUUUCUGUCAAACAGCGUCUCAGGGCCAGAGCAAAACGUCAGCAAUCAAUGGUACUACCUGGAAACGUAAAAAUCAGAAUUAUGAGAAAAAAACCUUACACAGUAUCUGUCUGUACCAUGAAACUCGAAUAGACACAAUACUGUCUCAUUAUUUCUAUUAAGCGUCACAUCAUAACAUAGUACUUUAUAAGUAAGCAUUUGUAUUCUCUGUAAAAACAAUAAUUAAAAAAAAAAAGUUAAUAGUAAUAUGGUAUAAAAAGCAAGCACUUACUGUCCUGGUUUUCAAGAUUCAGCUUCAGUUGCCAUUAUUUUCUCCUUGGUGCUUCAGUGUUUUUUUCUUGUACACUUCAGUAUCCUUCACAGGAAUGUUUUGGGUUUAUUUUUAAUUGAAGGAUUUUACUGAGCUCAGCAGAAGAUUGAGACACUUCCAAAACUCAAACACAUGAGCUAGUUACAGAGUUGACUUUCUGCAGGUUUGGGAAAGAGCAGAAUGUUCGGCUAAAAAAGAAGUCAGUAUACCCAUCAGGCAGUCAGUUUUUUAUUGAUCAUUGCUAAAAUUACUUAUCUAUUUAUAAACUCAUUACUUGUGUUCCUUUAUUCCAUGAAAUCUCAUAAUCUCUUUCUAAGCAACACAGGUAAAAUGAGAAUGGUAUUUUAACCUUUGCUUAAUAUGUUUUUUCUACUUCUUAAAGCUGGCAAAAUAAAUAAAUAAAAAAAAAAAAGGCCAGAGAUAUUUGUUUUGUUUUAGAAGCUUGGGCUCUUCAAGACUAUGAUUCAUACCGCUUUCUUGUCUGUGAUCUAUGUUAUCAAGGAAAGGAACAGCAAUGCCAAGGCCUAGCGGAUUCUAAGUGAUUUUAAGUAUUUUUUCUUAACAUUUAAAAAUAUUAAUAUUUUCAGGAAGCCAUCAUCAAGGUGCUUACUGUGAAUUCACAAUGGCCAAAGUCAUCACUGUUUAAAUGACAGGUUUGGUCAUUUUUAUGGAAUGCCUCUUAGUUUAACAAAUAGCUGUCAGAUAACUUAGCCUCCUGGACCAAUGAGAGCCUUCAAUGUGAAGCUUUGGCUUUUUAAAGCAGAUAAUUGGCUUCAUUACACUCCUGCCUUUGGGCGACUUACUGCUUUGAUUUCAUGCUGCUGGAAAACCAUCAUCUGCCUUGCUGGGUUUGAUCACCUACUUCUCAUUAUCAAUUUGUUAAACACAGGAACAGGGUUAUGAUGAGAGCCCAUGAAUUUACAGCACAACCAGUGGUGAUGGAAAGGACUUUAUUUCUCGUCUUGAGGGAGGCAGCAUCAUCAACUGAAAGUUAAAAUAGGUUCCCCUGCAAAGCUACUUUUGUUUCUGGAGCAACUUCCUUCUCUGUUUGAAUGUCUGAGAAAUGAAUGAUCAGUAAGUUAAUUGUCUUAAACCAAGAUUUCAAAAGUAAAACUGACUCUAUAUGAAUGAUCAUAUUAUGUCUUCAUUCCAAAAGCUAAGGUUGCCCUGAAUUUUCCAUGAUCAUUAGCUCUUUUAAGGCACUGAAAAUUUUUAAAAACUUUCACAUUUUGGAAGAAAAUUGUGACACUUAAAUAGACACUUAAAUAGAUAUUUUUUUUUGCUGAGGAGACCAAAACUUUUUAAAGGAUUGUAGACAAAGAUAGCAGUAGACUGGCUUCCCAGAUCAGUACAUCCUGUGUUUCCUGCUUACUUCAGUCAUGGGUGCACCAAAUUAGUCACAUCUGAUUGUACUUUCCUUGAGCUACUGACCCAUGUAAGAACUACAGAGCUGCUUUUUCUAUCCUCUGCACAGCACUUCCCAGCAGGAAGGACUUUUCAUAACUUCCAGUCUUCCCAUUUCUGGCAGUACUGCUUAGGGCAGCUGCCACAAUAACAAACCACACUCAUUUCUAAAAGGGAUCAAAAGCCAUGGAAUCUUGCCUGCUGUGCAAAUCACAACUGUCUCUGAAGUUUUAAACUUUUUGCCUUUGUCUCCCAGUCACAUGUCAAGAAAUGCUAUCACAGCAUCUGUAAUCAUAACUGAAAAAUCAACACAUAUCUGCUGAAGUGCAAACUAAUUUGUUAUUCUAAUGACUGUAAGAUUAAUAAUAUAACUACCAUAUUUUGACUAUAACUAAUACAUUUUGUUUAAAGUACCUAAUAUCUUAUACAAGCAUAUUCUUCAAGUACAAUGACUGUUUAGUUGUUAAAAUAUGCAAGUGUACCAAUACAAGUAUGCUCAGUAGGCUCUGAUUCUAAGUCAUGCUAGAUGAGACUCUUUAAAAAUCGAUACAACUGAUAGACAAAUGCCAUUUUAACCUUAUUACUACUUGUCAGUCCUCAAAAUUCAGAAGAGCACUGACUGCUGAUGAACAUUUUAAAACAUAAAAACAAGUUUAUGCAUUUUAAUGUCUAACACUUAGGGGCACUGCCCAUUCUCUGUCUCUGCAUUGAGUGACAGGGUCUUGGUCUGGAAUUGGGUCUCUAUAUGUGGCAACAAAGACUGUGCUAACAAGGAACCUCCUUCACAAAAAACCCUUUCUUGGCACUUGCUGACUUUUUCUGUGAUUGAAAAUACUGGUCCUGCAAAAACUGAUGUUUAGGCUUUGUGCAACUGGUCUGUCCAUUAAGCUUGGAUGAUUAGGGAGGCUGGAUUUAAAGCCAGUCUUCGGUUAAUUCUUUAUGUUUGUGAUCUACAUGUUAUUCAGAGUGAUUAUGUAUUUAUAAUAUCAGUGUUUAGGUAAUAAGUUCUGAUUGUUUUCUCCACCUUGCCAUGGUGUUUUAUAUGCAUAUUUAUUUUGGCCUCUGAGCAAUUUAGGAUUCUCGAUGAUAUGUCCACACCAAGAACCUCAACCCUUUUUCCUGUCUUUAAAUAAAGCCAUUAUUCAAUGGA